CCUGAACAACAGAAAUAAACAAUACUAAAUUACAUUGUGGCAGCAAAUAACAGAGAGAAGAAAUAUGUCUCGAACAGAAGAAGUCAACAAGAUGACAGAAAAUGUCUAUAAGGGGAUUCUGGACCAGUUCAACCCCAGUCUGAAGAACUUUGUGACCAUGGGGAAACACUAUGAGAAAGCCCUGACAGGAGUAACUGUGGCUGCUAAAGGGUACUUUGAUGCUCUGGUGAAACUUGGAGAGCUGGCCAGCGACAGCCAAGGCUCCAAAGAGCUGGGAGACACACUGUUCCAGAUGGCCGAGGUCCACAGACAGAUCCAGGUGCAGCUGGAAGACGUGUUGAAGCUGUUUCACUCUGAGCUGCUGGCCCAGUUGGAGCAGAAGCUGGAACUGGAUAUUAAAUACCUCACAGCCACUCUCAAGAAGUAUCAGAGUGAGCGGAGGUCUAAAUCUGAGUCCAUCGAGCGCUGCCAGUCUCAGCUGAAGAAACUGCGCAGGAAGAGCCAGGGCAGUCGCCACCCGAACAAAUAUGGCGACAGAGAGAUGCAGUUUGUGGAGUUGAUGAGUCGUCGUCAAGGCGAGCUGGACACACUGGUUGCCUCGGGUUACAAGUCUGCGCUCACAGAGGAAAGGAGACGAUACUGCUUCCUGGUGGACAGACAGUGUUGUGUCACCAAACUGCUCAUCAACUACCACUCCAAGGUGAGAGAGCUUCUCUCUCAGAAACUCUCUUCUUGGCAGCAGUCGUGUUCUCAGCCCACAAAACUCCCCGAGCGCGCUCUGAACCUGCUGCGUCACACUGCACCUCAAGGCUCAGGGGCUGCAGGGAUAGCCGAGGUCCUCCGCCACACAAAGAUCGGCUCUGCUCAGCCAGAACAGAGGCUCUCUGUUCAAGAAGUCCCUCUUCUGUUGAAUGGAGACUCCAGUCACUCCCAGCAGCGCUCACUCCCCUCCUCCUCUCAGAGUGAAGCCUGUCCUCUUCUGGGCUCCCCCCAGACUUUCUCUUCUCUCUCCACUGGAGGAGCUGCUGGAGGUUCAUCCCGAGGAGCGUCUCCUCAGCACACCAGCACACCCCUCAGUGCAUCAGCCAGCCCCCUCCCCGACAGCAGUGCCAGCGGCAGCGUCAGCCCUGCUGCAUCCACCCCCACCACGUCCGGCGGCUCGGCCCAGCAAAGCUCUCUCCUCCUGGCCACCAACACAUCCAACCUCUCCCCGAGCCUCAUCCCCUCCACGGUGAUGACGCUCAGCCAGAUCUCCUCGGCCGGCAGCUCCCUGCAUGGCAUGACCCUCCCCAUCCCCCACAGUGCUCCUCACAGCCCGCCACUGCCCCACAGUGCUCCUCUCUCCCGGGCCAUGACGCCUGUGCAGUUACUGCACCAGCAGGUGGGACCAGGAGGAAGCAAUACUUUAUCACCGUCACAUAAUCCCUGGCUGCUGAAGACAGCUGACAUGUGUGCAACAGCAACACUUCCACUGCCGAAGAGACAUGUCAGUGAAAUGAGGCCGGGCGGCUUUCAGGGCUCCAGUCUCCCCAGGAUGCUGCCUUUAUCUGGUCCUUCCAGUGUGGAAGCCAUGUUCGCUCACAAUCCCGGAGCAUCAGAGGCCGGCGGCUUAGGGGGCGGGGCUUGCUUACUGCACUUCCUGCCUGGUGACAACAUCAUCCUGCUCAUCUCUGAGCCCAGAGACGGGUGGCACUACGGUCAAAAUGAACGAACUGGAAGGAAAGGCUGGUUCCCUUUCUCCUACACUCAGUCCCACCACAGUAAGAUGGAUCACCUCGAGAGCUCUCUCUUCUUGUCUAAGGCUAACAGCACCAGUACGGGCCAACUCGACAAGCUGGUGUCUGCAGGUCUCCCCGCCCUCACCCCUGAAUCAGAGGAGGAGCACUCCCUUCCUCCCCAGAGGGUCAGCACCUUCCGCCCGCGCCCGUUCAGCAUGGCCGACAGCAACAAGAUCACCGCAGAUUUGGUCUCUCCCCCACCUUCUCCAACCAGGGCCAAUCCAUUUGCUCACGUCCGACUCAGAAGAACUGUUACCAACGAUCGCUCAGCUCCCAUCAUUGAGUAAGAGAUUUAUUCCCACAGCAGCAACUGUGUUCUCUGUGGUUUGUCAGUCCAUCAAAUCUCGGGUGGAAUCCUGGUAACAGCUCAUUGGUUGAUGUUGAUUCUUUACUUUGGAAAAUGAAUUAGAUACAGAUUGUGUUUCUUGUGCAGGAAUAGAACAUCUUAAAAUCUAAGUAUAAAAGUAUAUCAUGUGUAAAGGCUGACCUGUUAUAAAUAUGAUUACAAUCCAUUCAAUUUUGAGGUAUGUUAUAUAGAAACAGACUACUUUGAUAUCGUAAAAUUAUGUUUGAGUGAAACACUGACAUUAAAAUAAAGUCUAGGUUAAUGAAACAGAAGAAAUGUGUUUCACUGUACUUAGUUUAGUGGUUGAGAUCGACUUACUGUAUCGUCCAGAAUAACUAACAUUUUUAGGUUUCUCCCGGCCAAUGAAAGAUGCCGCUUAUAUCUUUGACUGUUUUACAGUGAUUUUCUUUCUCAACAUAACCUUGCUAGAGUUAUUUUUUGUGCCAUUUUCAAAAAUGUUUUCUUUGUUGGGCUUAUCUAGGGACUGGCUCCUAAUAGCAGGUUGUGAACUUUUACUUUCACUGUAAGGAAGAGGACAGGCUCCUACUCUAAAAGUGCUAGUACAAUAUUAUAUUUUUUAGAAAAGUUGCCAGAUUGUUUCUUGGUUUCAGUGAAGGUGAACUUUUACAUUUAUUCAGAGUGUCUUUUCUAUUUUAAAACGUGGUUGUUUGGUUGAGAGAUACUUGGCAUGACGUUAUGAAAUUGGCACAGUGAGUUAUUAUUGUUUAAUUUUAACUGAACAUGGGCACUUGAGUGUCCUUGUCUAUUAGAUCAUACGUUCAUACCAGCUAACACCAUAUACAGUAUUCUGCUGCUGUAAAGUUACAUGUUAGCGUUUGGUUGAUGUAGAUUUUUGGAUUCUUUACCUGGACUAAAAAUUGUUGUGAAAACAACUUCUACCUUAAAUUUUCAAAUGAUUGAUCAUUGACAAGUGUUAGCUUUCUUGUGGAAUACGUGUUUGAUACAGAAGGAGUUUUGAAAAUACAGAAACAGAAAAGCUUAUGAGCUUCACAGACACAAACUGUGACAGUUGAACGUUUGGACAGUGUUAUUACCGAAAGUGGGUUUAAAAAAACAUUUUUUUUAGAAAGUAGCAUGUUGUGGAGGGUUAAAAGUGUGAAGAAUGAGAGAUUUGGGUGCUUAGUCUUUGGAUUUGAUGUCUUCUUGAUUCCUAUUCAGUCCUAAAUCUAAAGCUAGACAACAUCUGGGCUAGUUAAUUACAGUUGUAGGUUUACCAAUCCGACUGAGCAGAAUCCACAAGAGAGAUCUGAAAGCCGAGACAUACGAUAGGAUUAACUUUAAAUGGGGAAAUGUGUCUAUGAAAGUGAUGAAGAAAGCAUAUGGGAAGUUGACCAACGUCUGAGCGUUUAUGGUAAACUAGAAAUAUCCCAACAAAUAUUCUGUCGCUCUGUAGUCGCCUCUAGAAAACUGUGGUUUGAAGAAGAAAAAUGUGUAUUUGUACAAACUGAAAUGCUUAAUGUUCCCGUUCACUACCUUGAGUUUAUGUGAUAUUAUAGUACCUUGAAUAUUCAAGAUAACUGCAACAAGGUUUGAAGUAAAUCCUCUCUAACCGCAAAUAUAUCACUUUAAGUAGUACGGCAUCAUUAAUAAAAGUGACCACAGAAAUGUAGAGCUCAUGUUAUUCAUGCUUGUAAAUAGGGCUGAAAAUGUCUGAUUGUAUGACUUUUAUUUGACUUCUUUUUACAAUGAUAUUUCAUUUUGGUUGAAAAUGUUGACUUUAGUAGCAAUCAAACUCUUCUCUCUGACUCUGAACAGGAAGGGACACAGUGAUAAUAUUCACCUAUAUGGGUUUGAAAUAGUUUUAAACUCAUUAAAUAAAAGUUGUAGUGGCUGUAGUGUAUCAGUGAUUCAUAAAAUAGAAUGAAACAUGAGUGGAGUUUGGUCCUUUAUGAUAAAACAUGUAAUUCUGUCCUGCAAAAAAUAUUUUAGGGGGAAAUUGAUAGAAAUAUAUCUGAAGUGUGUAAUAUGUUGUAAUAAUUACAUUUGUUUAUUAAAAAAUAUAACUGCUAAAUAUGUAACAACAGGAAAUGUUGUAAACAGAAAGUAUGUGUGUAGAUGUCUUGAAAAUACCUGGAAUCUGUGCAUUGUCAACUGCAGAUGGAGGAACCUUAUGCAAAAAGAUGUUGCUAAAAACAGGAACUUCUUCCAAAGUGAAAUUGUGUUUACCAUUGCACACAUUUUACACAGUUCCUAAGUUCUGUGAAAGAUAUGAAGCAACAUAAACAGAACUGUCAGUCUGUUCUCUGAUUUGCAUCAACAUCCAAUCCUGGUGACUGCAGAAGAUGUAGUGAUGAAAACUGCUGAGGAAACACUGAAUAUUGACAUUUGUGAAAUAAAAGUUCUA